AUGAAUGGAGCUGUAGAAGCCGCCAACAAGAACAUAAAGAAGAUUCUGAGGAAAAUGAUUGAUAAUCACAAAGGUUGGCAUGAGAUGUUGUCGUAUGUUUUGUUGGGUUACCGAACGACUGUCAGAACGUCAGUUGAAGCUACUCUAUACUUGUUAGUAUAUGGAACUGAAGCAGUUAUACCUGCCAAAGUUGAAAUACCUUCGUUCAAAAUCAUUCAGGAAGCUGAGCUAAAUGAUGUUGAAUGGGUUCGCAAGCGGAUUGAUCAGUUAACAUUGAUCGAUGAGAAGAGAAUGGUUGUUGUUUGUCAUGGUCAACUUUAUCGACAGAGAAUGAUUCGUGCUUUCCACAAGAGAGAUGAGUACAAAAGGAAAUUUGCACCAAAUUGGCAAGGACCCUACAUGGUCCGCAAAGUGUUAUCUGGAGGUGCCUUUGUCCUGUCAGAGAUGGAUGGCAUCGAAUGGCCAAAACCGAUCAACUCAGAUGCUGUCAAGGGAUAUUAUGUGUGA